AUUGCACUCGUAUUUUGCGCCACUCGAUGGCGGUGGUGCAUCUCAAAUUUGUACCGGCGCAACCGUAUGUCAUCUUAUGUGUGGGACAUGGCGGCCGGUGCAAGACAAGGUUUAGCGGCUUUAGCUCUCGAUUUGUUCGAAAAUGAUACUGAAAGUGAUAGUGAGGAUGGUGAAGAACGUGUACCGAGGAACGCCUUUCAUAUUCGGCAAAUUUCCGAGAGGAUUCUGUUUCAGCAUACUAGGUUGAACAGAAUUGUAUUUGAGUAUGUUUUAGGUUUAAUUUCACCGGCUUUGACAAAAAACACGCGAAGUGGACGAUACAAACAUCUAACACCCAUGCAAAAAUUGUAUGUGGCCCUUCAAUUUUAUGCCACAGGUUCAUAUCAAUGGCUAGUAGCAAGCAGUGGCAAUGUUUCACAACCCUCAGCAUGUCGUAUCAUUGGAGAAGUUACUGAGGCUAUUGUGGCUCUUGCGCCACAGUUUAUACGUUUUCCCAACGCUGAAGACUACCUGGCAGUGAAACAAGCCUUCUACCAAAUAGGACAGACCAAACACAGACGUGGAUUUCCAAACGUUUUGGGUGCAAUUGACUGUACUCACGUACGCAUUCAAGCUCCAACAACUGCCCCAGAACAAUACCUGAAUCGUCAUAUUUACCACUCAAUUAUUGUACAACUUGUUGUCGGACCUGAUUUAAAAAUUUUUAACAGUGUUGCAGAAUUUCCAGGUUCUAAUCAUGAUUCGUAUGUGUGGAGAAAUUCAGCUGUUCGAGAAGCCUUAGCUGAAGGUAAUUUUCCAGAAGGUUGGCUCAUUGGGGAUUCUGGAUAUCCACAGGAACCUUGGCUCAUGACUCCUGUUGGCCAUGUUAACACACCGCCUGAAUUGUUAUAUAAUUCUGUGCACAUUUCCACUCGAAAUCCAGUGGAAAGGACAAAUGGAGUUCUAAAAAAGCUACCAACUCUCUUAUUCCUUCGGUUACCUGACUACUGAAGCUCUUGAAUUCCAUUUUUUCUUUGGGACAGUUGGAGGUAUCACAGGUGGUGCAGUGAGGGGUGCUGGCAGGAUUGGCGAAACUGAAACUCUGGGAGGAGAGGAAGUAGGGCUAGGUCCAGUGGAACACAUGUUAUACUCUGUAAAAGGUGGAAAUAAUAAACUAUUAAUAUAUUUGCAAAGUAAUUAUGGUUAUUUAAAAAUGAUAUGUGUAUAUUAUUACUGUAUCGAUGUUGAAACUAUCUUGUUGUCUAUUUAUAAAUAAAACUAUUUUAUAAACCUA